CUGGAAUCCCCCGCUAACCUGCGCCGCUGGCCGGUGAUCUAACCCUUGACCCCCCGCCCUAUCUCCACCGUUGAUCACUCACUCCUCUUCAUCUUCUUCAGUUUGUAGUUUACCAGAGGCUCAGCUUAGCUCCUGUAUGAAGUUUGGCGACGCUGACGUGGCGGCGGCGGUUGCUCGCUCGCUGUUGCGGUGUGUGAAUGUGUGGACCGGGUUCGACUGAGGGAAAUCGGAAGCCGUAGACCUAAUUUUUCAUCGGAGGUUACAGUCGAUGGAGGUUUUAUAGUGUUGGCUUUGCUUUGUGCUCGGGGUUUGGGGAUUUGCUAUGGAUCAUAAGGAGCUCAAUUUGAACAAAGGACCGGAAAGUUGCGGCGGCUGUGGCGGUGGCGGUGGCGAGGGGUUUAUAGAUAGGAGCAAGGUGAGGAUAUUGCUCUGCGAUAACGACGAGUCGAGCUCCGAAGAAGUGCUCAGGCUUCUUCUGAAAUGCUCCUAUCAAGUCACUUCGGUCAAGUCUCCUCGGCAAGUGAUUGAUGCAUUGAAUGCAGAGGGGCCUGAUAUUGAUAUCAUACUUGCUGAAGUUGACCUUCCAAUGAGGAAAGGAACGAGGAUGUUGAAGUAUAUCACACGACAUAGAGAGUUGAGGCGGAUUCCUGUGAUUAUGAUGUCGGCACAAGAUGAGGUCUCUACUGUUGUUAAGUGCCUGAGGCUCGGAGCAGCGGACUAUCUUGUAAAGCCUUUACGAACUAAUGAGCUUCUAAAUUUGUGGACACACACGUGGAGAAGAAGACACAUGCUUGGACUUGUAGAGAAGAAUGUCUUUAGUUAUGAUUUUGAUACAGUGGUAUCAGAUCCUAGUGAUCCUAAUACCAACUCAUUCUCGGAGGAUACAGAAGAUAAGUCUCAGAAGAGUGCCGAUCUAGAGUCUGUGGCUGCUGUUCUUGCUGCUGUGGAGUCUCCACUAGAUGAUCAACUAGAGUUUCAGAGUGAUGUUCCAGAAAUAAGUGACCGCCAAACUGGCAAGUUUUCAUCAGGCCCAAAAAGGAGCGAAUUAAAGAUUGGGGGUUCAUCUGCCUUCUUCACCUAUGUGAAAUUAAGCACUCUUGAAAACAACUCCCAAGUCUAUAUAAAGGAUAAUGGUGCUGAACGGUCAAGAGUAGAAGAGAAACAGCCAGCAUUUAGUCAACAAGUGGUUCAAGAAUCUUCCCAAGCAGAUGGAAAUGGAGAAGCAUGGGAAAGCUAUUCACAAGAAGAUGAGUUUCCGACCAGUAAUAGUAUCCCUGAUUCUCUUUCAGUGGAGAGGUCUUGCACCCCACCUGGAUCAAUGGAACUUCAGCAUCAGAAGAAUAAUGAGGAAGACAGGUCCUCUCAAGUGCCUGAGCAUCCAAGAAGUGAACCUAAACAUGUUGCUUCUGGAUUGCCUCCCCAGGCUUCAUAUCCGUACUAUAUGUCAGGGGUAGUCAAUCAAGCUAUGGGGUCAUCAUCGACACAAGUGUAUCAAAAGAAUCUGCAUGAAAUGCAAAAGAAUCUGCAUGGCAUGCAAAAUCAUCCCACAGCUGCAAUCAUGCAACAUUACAGUCAUCUUCCACAAUGCCCUCCUCAUGUUAAUGGGAUGGCUCCGUUCCCCUACCAUCCACUCGGUAUAUGCUUACAACCUGGUCAAAUGCCUAACAAUCAUUCAUGGCCAUCCUUUGGAAACUCACCCUCUGGCGAAGUGAAAUUAAACAAGGUUGACAGAAGAGAGGCAGCACUGAUUAAAUUUCGGCAGAAAAGAAAGGAGCGUUGCUUUGAUAAAAAGAUCAGGUAUGUUAAUCGGAAAAAGCUUGCUGAAAGGAGGCCUCGUGUACGCGGACAAUUUGUGAGGAAGGUAAAUGGUGUAGAUGUGGAUCUUAACGGGCAACCUGCUUCUCUUGAUGAUGAGGAGGAUGAUGAGGAUGGGAAGGAUGAUGAGGAACUUGCCUGAAGGAUUCCUCUCUGGAAGAGAUUGAUUCUCGAUAUCGAAGUCACCCAUUGUUGAGGCGGAAUAGUUUUCAGUUCCCAAGUGCAAUAAUUUCCUUAUAGUUGUGGAAAGUUUGUUGAGGAAGUUCCUGCAUCUUGGAUUAUUUGCUAUUUGGAUGAUAUCACUUGGUGCUGCACUUUCAAGUGAAGUGUCCUUAGAGCAUCACCAUAUUGGAUGGAGACAUGGGGUUGAUCAAGGGUGCAAACUUCUGGUUUAAAUAUCCAUCAAGUUGAAGAGACUAGAUCUUUUAAAUGUAUCCUUUUCUCCAUUGUUGAGGAACAAAAAAUUCAGCAUGUGUCAUUUUGAGCUCGUCAACUUUAAAAUCCAUUUUUUCGUUU